AAAAACAUUGCAGCACAGAGUGACACUGACUAGUGAUCAGCCCAGGACGUAUUUCACCUCUCUUAUAGAACAGGUUCCAGUUCCCUGCUAUGAUCUUGAAAGGAAUAAAUUAUGCAGAAAUGUAUGCAUAAAUGGAAUCGAGAAUCGAGGCUGAUACACCACACAAAAAAUCAAACAUUCUGAUACACAACACUGACAACAGUAUGAUCACGCUUAUGUCUCAUGCUGCAGAGGUAGCUUCUCCAUGUUUGUGAUUGAAUAUAUUUCCUACCAGAUGGGGGCGGUAAAGCGCCAUGUUAACAAAAGCAGUGAACCUCAACGUAGAAGAAGUGCUCCAGACUUGUGAAAGUGUGUCAACAUGGCGGCGGUGGAUGUAGUUGUGGGCAACUUGGUGACUCUCUGGAGGAUACCAGCCGUCCGACAGAAAUUUCCUUGGAUGUUUUUGCUUAUUUCAGUCGUGGGUUCGAUUCUCAAAGAGCUCCAGGUCAUCCCGCAGACGUAUUUCAGCAGCAGCAGGAAUAUCCUGAAUGUGUAUUUUGUCAAAGUGUCGUGGGGUUGGACGCUGCUGCUGCUGACUCCCUUCCUCCUCCUCUCCAACACCGCCUUCAGCAGGAAUGCUCUCUUCCUCGGCCGAAGGCUCCUCUCUCUGGCGGUGGCGACGACCGUGUGGUACAUUUUCACUGAGACAUUCUUCUACAUUGAAGACGUGACCGGUUCGUGUUUUAAAACCGACUCCAUGGACACUGUCAGCCAAGAGUUCACGUCCAAAGCCACCUGCAGGCGUGCCGGCUUCCACUGGCACGGCUACGACAUCUCUGGGCACUCCUUCAUCCUGACUUAUUCUGCCCUCUUCAUCGUGGAGGAAACUGCACCGAUGGCCUCCCUGAGGAUUGGGAGUCUGUCAACGCUUCCAAGGAUAGUUCUGAACCUUCUCUACGUGGCACUAAACCUUAUAGUAAUUAUAUGGCUGUGGAUGUUUAUCUGCACCUCUGUUUACUUCCAUGACUUGUCUCACAAGGUGCUCGGGACUGUCUGUGGGUUACUGGCAUGGUAUCUGACAUAUCGGCUUUGGUAUCGUCAUCCUUUGUCUCCAGGACUCCCUCCUCAGCGCCAUAUGAAAGAACAGACCUAACGUACCUAGGCAGGCAUUCCUGCUAUACUUCAUGUUGCCCACAUUUACAGUGGACACGCUGUUUUAAGUUAUUACCCUCUAGCAGGGAGGAUCGUUGAGCACAGGACUUUCCACAAGGUUUUUCAGCUGCUGUUCCCAAAACAACUAAUGUGGUUUGAGACCAGAGGUUUACAAGUCCACGUGGACAUGACUGACAAGUGUUGUUUCCAGACCAAUGUACAAUAACUCCUUUUUAUAGACAAGAUCCCUUUUAGAAGGGUUUUAAUUGGCAUCACUUCUGAUUUGGAAUCAAUAUGAUACUAUUUAUUUGCAUUCGUGUGACGCAUUCAAAGCGUGAUCAGACUUACAUGGUUGCUUGUUUGCUGCCUUGCAUGUGCCAAUAACAUGUAAUAAAAUAUUUUUAUGCAAUUUGGAAGUGUCCCACAUUGUUUUCACACCCCAUAAAAAGUAAUAUAUCAUCUUUCGUUCAAGGUGAAAUGGGAAAUACAAAUAAAACAGUAUCAUUUUUCACAUACUGAGAAGUUUAGGAGUCCCCUUUUGUUGUACCUGUGUUUGUAGCAAUAACCGUGAACAUAUCAUUUCAGGUCUUCUGCGCAGGUGUGACUAUAGUGUGUAUUUGCCAAAAUGAAAACAAAGCUUUUGGGGUUUUUUUUGCAUUUUUUGUUUAUUUGUCAUUGAUGGCAACUGAAUAAAUUAAGGCUUAUGAACAAACAUCAUAAAAAGCACCAUAAAUAAAUGCAUCUAUAUAGAAAUAUAAAAAAAAUAAAAAGUAGAAAAUAAAUACUAUUGUGAGAUAUAAGCGCCACCAUCACAAA